AUGUCGCUCAAGCAAGAGUCACUCAAUAAGACGUUUGGUGGAGAGCUGCGCAAGUACAGCUACCAAUCGCAAGCUCUCGGAGGCCUCACCACCAACCUCAACGUCUUCUUACCUCCUACCGCCAUUGGUGCCUCUGCCAAGGCAGCGCCCGUGCUCUACUACCUUGCAGGAUUGACAUGCACCGAGGACAAUGGCGCUCAAAAGGGUGGCAUGUUCGGUGCGGCUGCCUCGCACGGCAUCGCGCUCGUCUUUCCCGACACCAGCCCUCGCGGUGCCAAGAUCGAAGGAGAGGAUGAGAGCUGGGACUUUGGAACGGGGGCUGGGUUUUACGUGAAUGCUGACAAGGCCCCUUGGAACAAGCACUACAACACGUACGACUACGUCGUUAGAGAGAUUCCAGCCAAGCUCUCGGAAGCUGGCUUGCCCAUUGCGGUCGAGAAGGCCUCGAUCUUUGGUCAUUCGAUGGGAGGUCACGGUGCGCUGUCCAUCUACCUUCGGGAAGCGGGCAAGUACAAGUCAGCUUCGGCAUUUGCGCCCAUCUCGCACCCCACUGCCUGUCCGUGGGGCGAAAAGGCUUUCUCGGGCUACUUCAACGAUGCCGCAAAAGGUAAAGAGCACGAUUCCACCGAGCUCAUCUCUCAGGCUGGUGGGUCUUCCAAGCGCCAGCUGAACAUCCUCAUCGAUUCGGGUACGGGCGAUAACUUUUACAAGCAGAAGCAACUGCUGCCUGAGGACUUUGAAGCUGCUGCUAGGAAAGCUGGAUACGAUGCAAAGGACGUCAAUGUGAGAUUGCAGGAAGGCUACGAUCACUCUUACUUCUUCAUCUCGACAUUUGCUGGAGAGCACAUCAAUUGGCACGCAAAGUUUCUGACGGCUUAG